UUCUAAUUGCUGUAAUGCUAAUAAAUGCAAGUUCCAAUGAAGAAGCUGCUCGUUUUAGUAAUGCUAAUGUAACAAAUAAAUUAAUCCAUAAUAAUAUAUGUACCACAGCGAAAAAUUCUACAAGAUCGAGUCGCCUGCACAAUACCAGUGUCAGCGAACUGUACCGAAUGGCAAAUAAAAUAAAAGAGACUGCUACUGUAGGGUGUCAUGUGUAUGAUAGCGUCGGCACAUUGGCACAAAAAUUGAGUGCAACGCAAAGUAUUUGCUGGUGUCACCUGCGAAAAGACCAAGUAAAGUGCGUGAAUUGUCAAAGAGCUGCAGCUGCUGCCGCGACUACGACAACAAUGGCGACAAUGACGACGAUGACCACCAAAGUCGCGGCUGGUAGCAACGAAAGCGCUAUUGCUGAUAGUGAUAUUGAAGAUGAUGACUGUUCUGAUUCUAAUUGUGAUUCCGAUUCGGAUACGGCCGAGAUAGGCAAUGUUACGGUUAAUGAAGGCGGCGAUGCCAGAUCGUACAUUGAUUGUAAGACAGUUACGGAGAAUGCAUUUGUCGAUAACGAAGUGACAACGGUUUUGAAUGGUGCUAAAUUUAGUAAAAUAAUGAAUAUAUUUCAAAGUAAUAUUAAUAAUGCUGCUAGUGAUUCUAAUAAAUGCAAAGAAGCAUUUGCAAAUGCUUAUGUUAAUAAGAAUUAUGGGAAAACUGCUUAUAAUAAGGAUAAACGUAAUAGUAAUAGUGAUAAUAUAGUGUUUAGUGAACGUAGUCCAAAACUCGCAACUAUAAAUUUAAGCCAAAAUAGUAGUAGUCGUAGUAAUUUAAUUGAAUGUAGUAGUGAAGAAACCAAACCUAAUGUGCAUGGUACAAAAAGAAAUUCGACGCUAACUGACGAAGCGAUACGUAGUAAUGAGUUUUGCGCACAAAGUGACACUUUUGCUUCAGCGCGUGCGCAACUGCUUACCUUCUGGCUGGCAUUUGUUGCUUUUUGUGAUGCGGUCACCAUUAAACAUGACGAUCCGCGCCUCAAAGAUGCGCGGCGACGUCAAGAACAGGAGAAAUCCAGCGAAGAGCAACAAAAGAAAUCAACAGAGUCGCAAACGCUGCCUGGCAACAAGAAUGAUACUACUACCAAAGGAAAGCCGACGCGACAUUUAAAGUUGCUGACCAAUCGCAAGCUAAUAUUUCUGUUUGUUGUCUGUGUGUUUUUCUCCUGCUUGAAUCGCAUUGAAGGCCGUCCGAAUAGUUUGCCGCAACAAAAUGUGAUUACCGAUGGUUCGCCCGUCACUUUACCGACCCCAGCGGCUGUUGUCGCUGCUACAACCUCAAAAGCGGCCAGGCAGGACGAAAGCGGUGCAACAACUGCACGUUUGUCGGGCGGUGCUGGUGACAGUGAAGGCAAUAAAAUUGUACAACAAACGAACGCAAUAGCACCAGAACCUACACCAAGUGAAAAGCCAAAGGAAGUCGAUACACAUAGACCACCGAUAAUGAUUUCAGCACAUGACGACGAUGAUCCAUAUGCGCACAGACCGGAGCGCUAUCCGCUCUCGCAAGUUGACUUUGACAGAGUGAAAACGCCAUUUAUAAUCGGCAUUUGGAUAUUAUCAGCGAGCAUAGCGAAAAUUGGUUUCCAUAUGACACCGAAAUUGCACCUCAUUUUCCCCGAGUCGUGUUUGCUUAUAGUUGUUGGUGUUAUUAUUGGUUUUGUAUUGUAUUUCUGCACGGAUGUCGCCGUCUCACCGCUUACACCCAACACAUUCUUCUUCUACAUGCUGCCGCCGAUUAUCCUGGAUGCGGGCUACUUUAUGCCAAAUCGCUUAUUCUUCGAUAACCUGGGCACAAUCCUAUUGAUGGCUGGUAUCGGCACUGUUUUCAAUACGGCAACCAUUGGUCUAUCUCUUUGGGGGUGCGGUCUGACUGGGAUGUUUGGACCAGAAGUGCCACGGUUUUUGGACACUUUCCUCUUCGCUGCGCUCAUUUCUGCUGUUGAUCCUGUAGCUGUUUUGGCAGUUUUCGAAGAGAUCCACGUUAACGAGGUGCUGUAUAUAGUGGUGUUUGGCGAAUCGUUGUUGAACGAUGCUGUGACAGUCGUAAUGUAUCAUAUGAUGGAAGUAUACAACGAAAUCGGCAUAUCAAAUAUAAUAGCUCAAGAUAUUGCUAGUGGUGUAGGUUCAUUCUUUGUUGUUGCCAUUGGCGGUACUGUUAUUGGCAUCAUUUGGGGCUUCCUUACUGGUUUGGUGACGCGUUUCACCGAUCAUGUGCGCGUGAUUGAACCGAUAUUUAUCUUCGUAAUGGCAUACUUGGCAUACCUCAAUGCGGAAAUAUUCCAUAUGAGCGGUAUUUUAGCUAUUACCUUCUGUGGCAUCACAAUGAAAAACUAUGUUGAAGCGAAUAUUUCACAAAAAUCACAUACAACAAUAAAAUACGCACUCAAAAUGUUAUCCAGUUCAUCUGAAACAAUCAUAUUCAUGUUCCUUGGUGUAGCAACAGUCAACAAUAAUCACGUGUGGAAUACUGCCUUUGUGCUGUUGACUAUCACAUUUUGUUCGGUGUAUCGUGUGUUCGGCGUUGUGAUAUUAUCUGCAUUAGCGAAUCGUUUCCGAUUGCACAAAUUGUCACGUGUCGAUCAGUUUGUUAUGUCCUAUGGCGGCUUGCGUGGUGCGGUCGCUUUUGCAUUGGUGCUGCUGGUUGAUGAGCGGAUUGUCAAGCAGAAAGAUAUGUAUGUGACAACCACAAUAGCGGUGAUUUAUUUUACCGUUUUCCUGCAAGGCAUAACGAUAAAGCCGCUGGUAAAGAUGUUGAAUGUGAAGCGAGCAAGCAAGCGGAAGCCGACAAUGAAUGAGCGCAUACACGAACGAUUCAUGGACCAUUUAAUGGCCGGAAUUGAAGAUAUAAUCGGCAAGACUGGCAAUUAUAAUGUGCGUGAUAAAUUCAAGCGAUUUGAUAACCGCUUUAUUCGGCCGCUGGUAAUCAGAGACCUAAAGGGUGCUGAACCUAAAAUCAUUGAAACCUAUUCGAAACUCACGAUGCGUGAUGCUAUGGAGGUAAUGCGUCGUAAUCCAUCAACCAUCGGACAAAUAACGGCCACCGAAUCGAUGAGUGCACUAUUUCGAAAUUACACCAGUAAUUGUAUUGGUGGAAGGUGGGCACCGCCAACUAUUUACACAACAUGUCCAAGCCUUACCAAUCUGGACAAUAGUUGCUCACGAAAUCUUGAUAUGCAUGAGCUGGACUACAAUCCGUCGAAGAAGGAUCUUACAGAUGCAAAAAUACACCAUCUGCUUGCCGAGGAGCUGAAACCAUAUAGAAGGGCAUCGAUGCAAAUGCACCGCCGCCUUAGUUAUAGCCGACACGCAGUAGACGACAGAGAUUUGUCUACGCAGGUAAAUUACAAAAUGCAAAUGAACUUCCGACGAAUGUUCAACGAUCGGAAACAUCACAAGCGCAGCAAACGAGGCACGAGCAAGCAACCAGACGGCGUUAAACAGAAUCACGUCUCUUUCCACGACUUCCAACAGAAUGGCACAACGAAACAAUUUACGCAUGAUUAUAUUAACGAUGUUCUCAAUGAAUCAGGAGAAGAAAAUCUGGGUAAACUGAACGAGGUGACUGUGGUGAACGGCGAGGAUUGGGAUGACGGUUUGACAUUUACGGCAAAGUCUUCGCCGGACUCGGAUCGAGCCAAUAAUAAUUCACUUAUAGCGCACAUACAGAAUUUACCCGGUUUCGAUGCAUCAAAGGCGCGCAUCGUACAACAUUAUUCGACAUCAAAGAGUGAGAAUGGCAGCCCGGAGAAAUUGUUAACACCCGACGUGGGUCCGACAGCGGCCGAAUCGAUUUUGCCGUGGCGACGGGAUCGUUCCUACCAGUGCAUUGUUGCCGAGAAUCCUAUACCCGAGGAGGAUCACAAUAUCUCACGUGAUUCAGAUGGUGAACGGCGUGUAGCAACACCUACCGCUACAGAAUCGCAGUUGCCGUGGAAACGGCAAGGAGACGAACUGUCAGACGCAGUGCAGCAGAACGAAUUCCCCGCUUGGGCUUCGAAUAAGGAGUAUUUGGCAUAUAAUUCGCCCAGCGCCACAUUUUUGGGUGGCAUAAACAAACCUAAACAGCCCAAGUCUGUCAUAGGUUUAUUCCGACGCGAGAGUUGCGGCUCGAGGGGCGGCAGCAGUCUGGGCGAUCCUACAGAUGGCGCUGGUUCAGCACGUGGCUCAGACCCCACACUGGCAAAUGCAUUGAUUAGCGGCCUACCGCUGAUGCCAUUAAUACAGCCGCCGCAUGCGAAUCCCCGUCUUGAUAAGCGCUCACAAUCGAUUUCGGUCGCCACAUCCGGCGGCCAUGGUGGCAUCGGUAUUAAUAUUGGCGAUUUAGCACAUUCGGGCCCCUUCCCCGUAACGGCCAGCCAUAGGCGCAAUGUGCGGCGUGGCUCAAUGUUGGAGUUAAGUGGAGACACUAUCCCCGAGGAGACUUACCAGCACGGUCAUUCGAAGUCCUUGUGCGAACCGACCGGCGAAGAUUGGGAAAACACCGCUUUGGCCACACGCGAACGUACCAUAAGCGGCAGCAGUAAUAGCACCGGCCGUGAGCCACUUCUACCCAAAUUAACGCCACGCGCACAAAUACGUCGUAUGGGUGGCAGCAGUGGUGGUGUUGGCGGUGCUAUGAGCACGCUUGGUGGCUUGCGUAAUCAAGUGACGACCGCCCUACUCUCCACAUCGAACUCCGAAUAUGAUGAUGAUGAGGAUGAAGAUAUUGAUUUGUAUGACGAUGAGAGUAUUGUCGUCACCACUUUGACUAGCGGCAGUGGUGGUAGUGGUAGUGGCGCGCUAAAUCGUAGCGGUAGCAGUGGGAGUGGCGGCGGCAAUGGUAGUAGCGGUGCCAGUAGUAGCAGUAACAAUACAACAACCACAAUUCGGCUGACACGCAACAAUGAUGAGAGUAUCAUUUGAGAUUGUCGCCGCAAGCAAUUGCUAUAACGGCGACUUUUUGGCGAGGGCAGCAGCGAAAAGCAGCAACAACAACGUCGCCUAAAUCGUUGGGCUUUCAAGUAUGAAAUGUUACAAUGAUUAGUUGAAAUUUAAGGGUGGGUAAGUCUAAGGUUGCGAAAAUUCAAUGAAAUACUAGUUGCCAAUAAUGCCUGUUAAUUGAAGAAACACUUUGUGUAUGUAUUAGAAAUUAGUAUAAGUUUUGGAAAAUGUGGCUGGUUAAGAUAAAUUGCUUGUCAUAAGUUUAUUUUUAAGUUAGUGAAUCUAAGUGAUUUAUCGUUUUGAUUAAUUUAUGUAUUACAGCAGUUUUUUAUUAUUUUGAUUAGUUCCGUAAUUGAAAAAUAGUGUUUUUCAUUGUUCUUAUUAUUUUAUUUUAUUUUAUUUCUAAAUUAAAAAAUUAUUUUAUACAAUUUUGAUUAAUUUCGAAAUUGAAAAAUAUCAAUUUGAUACUAUUUUGAUAAAUUUCGAAAAUUAGAUUUUCUUCAUUAUUUUGACUAAUUUCGAAAAGUAGCAAGAAUAUUUACAGGAAAAAAUUAAAAUAAUUAAAAAUAAAAAAUAUUUUUUCCUAACCUUCAUUUUCUUUAUUAUUUUGAUAAUUUCGUGUAUAAGAUUAUUUACAGAAAAAAAUUACAAUAUAAAAAAUAUUAUUUCGACUCGAUUAAAUUUUGUUUGAAAUGCAUUGUCACAUGGUAAAUGUAUGACUUCAAUAAAAACAAAAAAUGACCACAAAAACUAUAGAACAAGAGUGUAAUUAUAGCGCAAACUAAUUCGUUUCUACUUUGUACUGCAUUUUAUGCAGUACUUAAACACUGUGCACCUAAAAUUAUGCUUCGAUAGAAAUAUAGACAGAAAAAACGAAACGUCACCUAAUUAGCAACACUGGGCUGUGUUUGAAUAAAAUAAGUAACUACUAUAAAAAUUGUGCUAAAUAGUUUCCAGAAAAACAAACAAAAAUACUUCAGCAAUUCCAAUGCCAUAUUUUUCAUGUCUACACGAAUGCUUCUCGUUUUAAUAAUAUCUUUAAUUUAUUUAGAAUUUUUUUGAGGCUUUCAUUUGUGUACAAGAUGUAUAUACCGAGCAAACAAUAGAAAGAUGUAAAGAUUUUAAAACGUGCAGUUUUAUUUUCACAACUUGUAAAGUAUUUUAUAUGUAUGAAACUGUCAUGCAGUGUGUGACUGCAGUAAACAAAAAAAUAUGUAAAGUAGUAUGUAUAAAACAGUUAAGCUGCUGCUUAGACGUAAAAAGAACAUGCCAUAGCAAUGAGAAUCCUAACGAAAACUUGUAAAUGUGUGUAAUAUAUAUAACUAUAUGUAUAUUUAGUAUAGUGCGUAGUUGAAAAUGUAUUGAACGACGUGUCGAUAAGACAAUUAAAGCUACGGCGUGAAUGAUUGGAGUUUUAAUAAUUUUUAUAACAUUUUAACAGUUGCAACUUAUACUAGUUAUACUUAAAAACCCAAAACAAGUCAAAUAAAAUUACUUAAAAAAAUAUUCUCCCAAUUGGUACAUUAAAAUUCAAGCAAAUCUUAUAACAAAACUUGGCUUUGAAAUUGAAAACAUUGUAAUAUUAGGCAUAGUGUGUGUCAGUGUACAUGUAACUGUACAUAAAAUAUUAUUUAUAAAAUAUUAUUUAUUUUCAGUGUUGCCAAUUUUUUUACAAAAACACUAAAUUUGGUAAACAUUUGUACUUAAGUUUUUUUUUUAACUUAAAUUCUAUGAUAUGCGCGAGCGCUUAGAGAAGCAUAAUAUUUUCAAAAAUGUACAACUGUCAAACUUUAUAUUUGAAUUCCGAAUAUUUGAAUAUUAUAAAUUGCAAUAAAUUAUAUUUGUCAUUAUAAGCGCAAGCAAAAGAGCAAAUUUUUCACUUUAAAUUAUAAAUAUUUUAGGGUUAUUUGCCGUUGUGACUUGCAAAUAAAAAGGAAAAAUUUGCUCUAUUUUAUUUUAUUUUUUAAUAAAUUUGUAAAGAAGUGCUGCAAAGAUCUUCCUUAAAUAACAGAAUACGUAAUGUGUUAAACGUACUUAAACUUAAAAGUGUUCUUCAUUUUGAAAGUAGUUUCUAAUUUCUUUCAAUAAAAAAUAAUGUAUGUAUAGCAAAAGCAGCGUAGACUCAAAAAGUCAAUAAAACAUUUGACUAUUUUUAUUUGUUUUUAUUUUUAUUAGACAAGAGCAGAAAGUUGAAACCUAUUGCAAAAGGAAAAAUAAUGUAUGGCCGAUCUCUGGACGUGAAGAGGAGAAGGAGUGGUGUGACUGAAUUUUUAAUGGUCAUAAAGGGCUUAACUCGAUUUACGGCAAAACUACGAGCCCUGUAGAUAAAAGUUAUAUGACAAAGUUGUAGGUAAUGGAAAGAUCUACAACUUGUAUAUGAACAUCCUUUCCACAUAACCUCAGAAUGUGUGUGAGAAACCCAGAUAAGCAAAUUUUUGGAUUUUUUGUUUUUAUCUUGUACCAAACAUAAACUUAUCUUCUAUGGCCAAAAUACACUGAAAAAAUUUAUAAUUCAUACCAUCAGAAAGAAGAAAAUUCAACCAGCUUAUUUUUAUAAUUCGUUAUUACUUUUAUUAAAUUAAAAAAUAUAAUUUUAUUAUUUUUUGUAAAAGGUUUUUUUAAUUUUUUAUUAAAAUAAAUAAAAUAAUAAAAAUAAUUUCGAAAUUAAUAAAAAUAAUAAACAAUAAUCAAAAAAUUCUGCUUUCCAAUUUCGAAAAAUACAAAAGAUAUUGUCUAUAUUUUUAAUUUCAAAUUAUAUCCUAAAGAUUUUUUAAUAUACUCUGAUAUUUCGACGUGAAAAUUUUCGUUUGAAAAUUAGGAGGUUUUUGCAAUGUUAAGUAAAAAAUGGAAAAAUAAAUAUUUUAAAAUUAAAAAUACAGCGUAUUUGGGACAUAAGCAGCAACUUUACAUCAAAUUUCGUGUAAGAAAUUUUUUUGUACAAGAUAAAAUAAAAAACCGGAAAAUUUGGAUAUUUCAACUUUUUACAUAAAUUUUGAGGUUAUGUAAAUAAGGUGUUCAUAUAAAAGUUGUAGAUCUUUUCAUUACCAACAGCUUUGCCAUACACUCUUUUCUAUAUGACACGUAGUUUUUUCGUAAAUCUUGUAAAACCAAUUUUAACCCUUAAAAAUGCAAUCACACAGGCCACAGACCGCCGGUAAACUAUUUUUCCUUUCAUUUUUGUUAUUUUAUUUUCAAUGCGUUUCAACUUUUUUUUAUUAAUUUAAAUAAUUAUUUUUUGUUUUUUAAAUUUAACUACCCUGGUCUAUUAUAUACAAUAAUGGCAUUAAUUGUUACUAUUAUCUUUUUAAUUUAUAAUAAAUUUAAUCAAACACCUUCAUUAAGUGUUUUAAAAUAAAUUAUUUAUCGACACAAGACAAAUGCAAUUUGCGACUUAAUUUGUUUCGUCUUCAUUUACAAUUUUUAGAGACAAUAACUGUAUAAACGAAGAAAGUAUUUGAAAAAUCAAUUAUUAAAAAAUAUUAAAUAUGAAAUAACUUAUUUCAUAAUAAGCGUUGUCGAAGUUCAUUGAUUUAAAAUAAUCAGCGAAAAUUAACAAAAAAAAAAAUUAAAAUUAAAAAUGUGUGCAAAUACCAGAGUUAAUUAAUUUGAAAUUACCAAAAUAGGCUUUUAAUUAGUACUAAAAAAGAAUUUUAAUUAGCGCUAAACUUAAGCAAAAAAAAUUAUAUACACACAUAUACUAUAUAGGAUCGCUAACAAUACACGCAUAUUUUUUGCCACACGUGUACAUGAACAUGUACUAAAAACCAAAAAAAAAAUGAUAGAUUGAGCAAAAAUAUUAGACGAUUUCGAAAUUGGCACAACUUUCAACUCAACGCCUUACUUAUGUUAUAUUCAUAAUAUGUACUUACAUAAUUACGCAUACAUGUGUGAGUUCAAUGCAUUAGCGGUAGUUAAUUGAAAACAAUUGCACCAACAACACACAUGCUGACUAUGUACAUUGAAUAAUAUGAGUACUAACCAAUUUGUAUGUAUAUAACUUUGUGAAAACGGAUGCGAAAUAAAGUAUGUAUGAACUGUUGUAAUCAUGAGAACCUACACAUAAUAACGUCGUAAGAACUUUCAUUGAAAUCAAUAAAAAUCUUUACAACAAAUAUUACAGAAA